AUGGCAGCGCCGCAACAUAAGACUACGCUCGUACUGUACUCACUAGUAGGUGAGGAUCUUGAGCCUGUACAGGAAAGUAAACCACAGCACAUUCCAGAUACAAAUUGGAACGCCUUUGUACUCCCGCUUCCACCCACUGGAGAUCGUGUGACACUUUCAGAUGUUCACAAGGCAUUUCCUCUUGGCAACAACUUCCACUUUGCUUUCCGAUGUGAAGAAGGGGCGUAUCUGGAUGUAAUUGAUCCAAAAUCUAUUGUGCCACUCUGUGAUCGUACGAUCUUUGCUCGUAUUACACCGUUAGUUGAAGAGCCUAGUAUCAAGUAUGUGUGGUAUGAAGAGCAUUGCGGGACUAUACGAUCCUCUAUACCAACACAGACAAACACGGGGACAAAAAUACGUUCUGAGGGUUAUGCGAGCAACAAAGUAGAUCGUUGUGGUCAUCCAUUAGAUGACUACGAGGAGUUUGAGUCAAUGACGUACGAGUCGCAAGAUGAGGAACCUCCGUUAUCAGCUGAACAUUUAUCUUUGCGUGAUAAAUUGCGAAAGGAAAAACGUGACUGGAAUUGCAACAGUUAUCAGCAUGAAGAUAGUGGAUACCAAAAUACAGACGAUACCCAUGAUUCAAGAUUUGAUCGUGAUGAACGAUACGAGUCAAAAGAAGGUCCAGGAAAAGAAUCACAGGCCUAUUUGCGCAAACCGACAGAGCAAGCGUACGAUUUUGCAAAGAAAAUCUCCAUUGAGGAUGCGAAGAAGGGUGCGACAGAAACGGCCAAGAAGGCGAAGAAGUGGGGAGGGUCUUUGAUUUCGUCAAUUAGCGCAACUAUAUCCAAUGCUAGUGCUAAUGUCUUGAAGGAAUGUAGCGACAGCAUCCAGGUGGGUGGAGUUAGCGUACAAGUCGUACAGCCGCUUGCCGAAGGUCAAUAUGCUCAAGUCCUAUUGGUCCGGUCAUUGGCUACCAAUGAAACAUUUGCCCUCAAGCGGAUCCUCUGUCAGUCCCAAGAGGUUGAACAUGAUGUGCAAACGGAGCUCCAAGUGUUUCGCUCUGUCAAGCACCUGAAUAUAAUGCCGCUUGUUGAAUUUUCUGAGGCACGCAUACAACAAGGAAUGGAGUUUUACUUCUUAGUCCCGUAUUUUGAGCGUGGAAGCCUGUGGGACGCAAUUGACGCUGCGUGUCACUCAUCGUCUCCUCUGUGGCCGUUCCCACAACGCACAGCAUUGCAUCUCUUUCACGGCAUUUGUUCGGGCGUACUUGCGCUGCACCGAGGAGGCUUCUGCCACAGAGAUAUCAGACCUCAAAAUAUCUUACUUUCAUCGUCAUCCACUGGAGAAGAUUAUUUGGCGUACAUUCCAGUGGUGACAGACUUUCGCAGCUGCGCUCCAAUUCACGCUCAAGUAAAAUCUCGUCGGAAUUCGCUCGAGUUGCAAGACGAGGUAAACCAGAAAAGCUCAGCUCCUUAUUGGGCACCGGAACUGUUUAGGCCAACAGUUGACAUUUCGCUGGAUGGUCAGUCAGAUGUGUGGUCCCUUGGUUGUGUCUUAUACACAAUGGCAUUCGGAUCAAGCCCAUUUGAGCAUCCUCGCGAGGGCUUUAUGAAAUUGGCAUGUUUGAACGGCCGUGUGCCAUUUCCUCCUGAGCAAGGUGGUAUGAUUCACCAUCGAGGUACAAAAUUUACGGUUGAGUUCUGUGACUUUAUCCGAGACAUGUUGCACACGAACCCUGAAGAGCGUCCGUCAGUCCUUGACGCACUUGAAUUUACUGAGGAGCUGCUAAAUGAUGCAAUGCAGCGGUAA